UAACAUUGUAUUUUCGUUCGUACUACUAAGGUGGCAUACACGAGAGACGAAGAUAGAAGCAGGUUAGUUAAAAAUGCCUUUAGAAGUAGCAGUCAAGGAUGCAUGCAGUACAAUUGGAGAAGGACCUCAUUGGGACGAAGCUUCACAGACACUAUACUAUGUUGAUAUAGAAGAUAAAAGUGUAUCUCGAUGGAACUCAGUUACAGGACAGGUUCAAAAAAUUAAAUUAGAGAAGACAAUAGGAUUUGUCAUACCGUCAAAGAAAGGGGAUGUAAUUAUUGGUUUGGGACAGACAAUCGCUCGUCUUGAAUGGGAUACCAAGAAAGUUACUGUUUUACACGAAGUUGAUCAGGAUAAAAGCACCAGAUUUAAUGACGCAAAAUGUGAUCCACGGGGAAGAAUAUGGGCAGGUACAAUGGGACUUGAGAAGCAGGUAGCUGUUGUUGAAAAGGAACAAGGCUCGUUAUAUUGUAUUAAUACUGAUGGUUCUAUCAAGAAACAUGUUGACAAAGUGAGCAUUUCCAAUGGUUUGGCCUGGUCAACUGACAACAAGACUAUGUAUUACAUUGAUUCUACACCAAGAUGUGUUUAUGCCUUUGACUAUGAUAUCGACAGUGGAAGCCCCAGUAAUCAAAGAAUCGUUGUACAGUUGCCACCAGACACAGAACGCACGUUAGGAUAUCCGGACGGUAUGGCAAUUGAUAGUGAAGGGAAAUUAUGGGUGGCAUGUUUUUAUGGUGGAAGGGUAGCACGAUACGAUCCUGAGACAGGUAAGCAAAUUCAGACAGUAGAGGUACCAGGACUAAGGACCACAUCAGUUUGUUUUGGUGGUAAAGAGUAUGACGAUAUGUACGUAACAUGUAGUCGACAUGGGUGUACAUUAGACGAAUUAUCCAAGUUUCCUUUGUCUGGUUCGAUAUUUAGAGUAACUGGACUAGGCAUUAAAGGUUGUCCAGCAGUGAUGUACGAGGGAUAAAUGAUCAAGCAAACAUCGCAUGGACCUUAAUAUCGAACAGUAUAGCAUUAUUUUGUUUUAUUUGUACCCAAAAUAUCAUUUAUGACAAGAAUACAUCAUUUUAUUUUAUUUGUACCAAAAUAUCAUUUAUGACAAGAAA